GUGGUCUUUGUAUGCUUAAUACAGUGCUAAACUUGUACAUGCCAUCUGGUGUAAAUAUCAGUUUGAGAAUAUAGAAUUGAACGUAAAUUAUAACUGUUACAUUGCUUUUAUUGAACAGCGAAAAAGAAUUCAUAAUAAUUAUGGGAGAAAUAAUGGUUUACAUUUUGCCUAUGAUGUUGGGACGAACCUUUGACAUGAACACGAAUCGUGUUGGAAUUGAUAUUUUCCCGGAAAAUGUAUUGAAUAGAUCUUUGGAAAUCCAAAACAUGUUUGUGGAGGCUAGACACACGAUGGUGGAUGAAGUUAAGGAAGUUAGAAAUUUCCUAGACGUUGGCGGCUCCUUUUCUCUAAACGUCAAAUCCGGGUUGUUUAAAGCUGGAGCCCACAGUGCGUACCUGAGCGAUGUUGAAAGUCGAGAGAACAUUAUCGAAAUGCUUUACUACGUUAAGUUUGAAACUGUUACCAUGAUUCUUCCGCCUGAUGCGAAACCUAAGGAUGAUUGGAAGGGAAACAGCAAAGACUUUUUAGGAACACACUACGUUAGAAGCGUUACGUAUGGCGGAGAUUUAAUAGCAUCUCUUCGAUUUGUCUUCAAAAAUAAUCGAGAGAAGACACACAUUAAAGCUGGACUCAAUGUUGGCGGAAGGAUAAAAAUAUUUGACGUUGGUGUUGAGG